AUGCGUGGUUGUGGUAUGUGGAGAUUGUGUAGGUUAGCGAAGAGUUUGUGCGCUUUAGUAGGAUGUGUGAGUGUCGCUUUUUUGAUUCUUCAAAUCUGGAUCACUUGGCGCUCUCCUACUACAGUGCAGGUCACAACACUAUUGAAAACGGCUUCAAUCGAUGCGUACAACACUGCUAGUAACAAUCAAUUAUUAGUCUCACAUCACGAGAAGCUAGAGAACACUGCCUUGUUGAGGAGACUGAGAGAGCUUGAACACAAGAGACUCUCAGGAUACAGUAGAGUUGCCAAAACAGUGGUGUUUUAUGGAUCUUUAUCAAUAAUAGAACAAGAGGCUGCUGUAUAUCAGCAAGCAUUUAUAAGUCAACAUUUUGAUGUCCAACAUCCCAAAGGGUUAGAUGGAGAAGUUGAUGAAUUUGUUGGCAGAAAUUCAUUUGCCUUCAGAGAAAGUCAAGAUGUCGUCAAGCUGCGUGAUGAAGCGCUGCUUGGGUUGUGUCAGAAGCAGCAGGAACAGUCGUGGCUUACCAUACGCAGUCGACGAAAGAACUCGAGACGAUGGACGCUCUGGAAUUCAACAUUGUCAGAUGAUCAACUUCCACUGACUCUCUACAGUCUUGAUGACCUGAAGGAACUGGGAAGAGAAAUACAAAAAGAGCUGGGCAGCGAUGCGGUUCACGGUAACAGCUCGUCUGACACAGCGCUUCCAACUGUGUUUGAACUGCACGUGUUUCUGCUGCUUUUGGCACAACCCAAGCUGGUGCUUCAUUGUGCUGUUUGA